CAUGAAUAUGACUGGUGUGUCGUUAAGCGGACGUCGAUCCGGGUUUAUACCAGACUCGAUAUUCAUUAAUCAAGCAGUCAAGUCAACUACUGUAGUUCCUCCACUUCAAGGCACCGUUAACAAAAUGUGUGGGUCUUCAAAAUGCGCUGCGUGUUCAGGAACCUUGUAUGAAUGCAAGAUCCCAGAAGAGUCCAUUGAAAUGAUAUGGGAGCAGCUUUUAUCGUUCCUAAUUUCCUUGGACACUAAGGCUGACAGACUUGGAGAAUGGAAACAACAGAAACCCCUGUUAGAAAAUCUCUUUUAUCGGUUUUUUAAACUUGGUCUGAAAUUGAUAGAAUUGGGGGAUUGCGUUAAGAACUACCCCAGCAAUGUAGAUGCUACCAUAAAAUCUUUGAUUGGAAACAGACGUUGGAUUCAGCGGCAUCUUUAUCUCUACACCUCAUUAGAUUACGAUCGUCGAAUGGCUACAGAAUUCCACUAUCUCUGCAGAUUUCGAUCCGGAAUUCAGUUUCUCCUGGACGAUUUUUCGGAUAUUUCUUUAAGAUUUGAUCAAAUUCUAAAUAAUUUCAAAUGUGGCGAUUUUCUUAAUGAACAUAAUGAUUUAGAAGAACUUGAUAUUGAUAUGCAUUUGUUGAAACCUUCAGAUCCUUAUUUACAUCCUGAUCCUUUUGAAACUCCCUCAAGUAUCCCCAAACAUCAUUGGUGGUGGUUUUGACCAAUCAAAAUGGUUACGCUGCUUUGUUUUGGAUUAUUAAUAAAUACAGCUC